CAGCUGAUUACAUACAUAUGACCCGCAUGACAAACCAUGACAAUAUAGGCAAUUCAUGUGCAUCUGUCAGAAAACAUUUCGUUCGAAUGUCUCGAUAAUUACUUUGUUGCAAAUUUUCUGAGUGUCGAUUUGAAUUAUAUUAAGUGCAAAAAUGUUCAUUAAACCGUUUAAAGUCAAAUCAAACAAUCAGUUGAAAGGAUCUGAAAGGAGAAAGAUUUGUGAAGAAAUAUUGCAAGCGUUUCCAAAAUUGAAAGAAGAAGAAGUGCAGAGUUUGUUAAAAAAGAAGGAGGCAAUUACUGUUAUGAAAAUUGUGACCCACAACGGUAACGUUGUGAAGGUUUAUUGCACAGCGAAAGUGCCGAUGUUUCUGUAUUUUGAUUUGCCAACUUUUCGUGGCUUUCUUCCCACGGUUUAUACAUUAUGGCAGCAUCCAGAUUUAAUGUACAGUUUUACUACUCGUUCGAUGGUAAUUCCAAAAUUAUCCAGCGGCGCAGACUUAAUGAUUCCUGGACUGGUCUUGGAUGGUCCGGCGACACCUUAUUCGUUUGGAAAAAUGAAAAAGGGAUCGCCGGUUUGCAUUAAUACUGACGAUAAUAAGGCUCCUUUUGCAGUUGGACUUACAUCUCUUUCCAGUGAAGACAUGUACAUGUCUGGAGGUCGUGGGAAGUGCGUAGAAAUUUUCCACGUGAUUGGGGACUCUCUGUGCCAGUUACCAGAUAAACCUUUGACGAGGCCGGAUUUGGGAAGCGCGAAAAAUUCUUUAGAAACAUCGAAUGACUCGAUAACUGAGGAAUUAGAAGAAGAAACUCUUGAUGUACAAGUAGCAGAUUCGAUUAAAAAUUCAGAGAAACCGUUAGAUAGUGAUGAUUCCUUGAUGACAUUGCCUACAAAUGUUGAUAAUUUACAAAUAGAGAGGAGGGAUAGUCCUCUAGAGGAAAAUUUCAACAAAAAUUUGGAAGAUGAAGAAAGUGUACAUAUAAAAGAACCAGAACCGUUGGACCCGACUCAGGAAAUGGACAAGUUGUUAGAAUAUUGUUUUCUAAAAGCCUGUAAAACAUCAAUAAAAAAAGGAGACUUGCCGAUGAUCACUUCAACCUUCUUCAAAAAUCAUGUAAUGGCUGUAUGCCCUCCAGGACGGAGUUUAGAUAUUAAGAAAUCGAGUUAUAAAAAGUUAUCGGUCUUUUUAUCUAAAAUGAAAGAGAGGGGUCUUGUGGAUACUUCAGUUUUGAAAGGCGUCGAAUCUCUCUUGGCAAUUAAGUCAAAUCAUCCUCUACUCCAUGAUCUUGUAAUAAAUGAAGAAGCUAUUCCUGUAGAGCCUGUUACAUCAAAUGCCCCAGUUAUUGCAGAAUAUUAUAAAGUGACUUCUCAUGUUUUACCCUUGCUUUCGAAAUUUGGAUACGAGAAGGGCGAUAUAAUGAAACGGGCAGAUAUCAGAAAAUGUUUCUUCGACUACGUUAAGAAAGAAAAUCUUCAAGAUGGCAAAAUACUAAAGAUAAAUCCACAGCUCGCUGGUAUUUUGAAAACAAAGGAGAGUCAAGAAACAUUAACGAUGGAAGACGGGAUAAAUAAAUUUAUUGGGAAAAUGACUCAUACACAUGGUGUCACAGUUGGUGGAAAUACCUUGUUUUUUACUGGCAAAUUGGAACCGAUUGAAAUCACGGUUACUUCACGUGCAAAUAAUAAAAAGGUUACUCUGGUAAACAAUUUGGAAAUGUUUGGUAUAAAGAUGGAAGAGUUUAGUAAAGAAUGUCAAGGAAUUGGAGCUAGUGCUACUAUAACAGAUAUUCCUGGCAAAAAGACGCCCAGUGUUUUGGUUCAAGGGAAUCAAGUUUUAUACGUUUUCAAACUUUUGACAGAGAAGUACCAAAUUAAUAAAAACCACAUCAAGGGAUUGGAGUUUGCGCCGAAAAAAAGAAAAUGAAUUAUUGAAGGAAAAGAAGGUGAAGCAGAAGUUUUUUAAAGGAAACAAUGCUCCAAGGUAUUAUUCGCCAAAGGAAUAUGAAGUGAUUGUGAAUUCCCGUGAUCGUUUACUAAUUGACAAAAAUGUGUGUAAAGUGAUGACAGUGAUAAAAUCACUUCUUGUGGAUACUUUAUUUCGAAACUUGUAAGUUGUGGAAGUAAAAUUUAAAUCAUGAAA